AUGGUUUUGGAAGCUGGUUCAAAUCCAAUAGAAACAAUUAAACACCCUGGGGAAUUCGACACAAUGUUGAAAACAGUUUUAUAUCCUACAGAUUUCAAUUCAGUCUCAGGUUGGAUACCCUAUGUUGGCGAUGGAAGUGUUUUAAAAGAACCGGUUAGAAAUCUUGCAAAUGAUGCUGAUUUAGCUAGAGUGAGAGUUGUUGCUCGAAACACGAUAGAAAGAGUAGCACGAGCAGCUAAUCAUAGAUUCGAGAAACGAGUAUUUCAGUACAAAAUGUUGUUGAGAAUAAUAGGUGGGGUAAUUACGUAA